AUGAAAGCUCUGGCUCGUUCUUUCGUUUGGUGGCCUGGUAUCGACAAAGAACUUGAACUGAAAGUGAAACAGUGCGAAUCCUGUCAGAAGAACCAGUACCUCCCAGCAACAGCCCCGAUACAACCCUGGGAAUUUCCCAAGACACCAUGGUCACGACUCCACAUUGACUAUGCUGGCCCGGUCGAUGGACAUAUGUUUUUGGUGGUAGUCGAUGCAUACUCUAAGUGGCUGGACGUCCGAAUCGCCAAGCAAGCAAACUCCCGAACCACCAUUUCCAUUCUCAGAUCGAUAUUUGCUACUCACGGCAUCCCUGAACUGAUUGUAUCCGAUAAUGGAACACCUUUCACAAGCUACGAGUUCCAGGCCUUCACUCAGUCAAAUGGCAUCAGACACAACACGUCUGCACCCUAUCAUCCCGCAACCAACGGACAAGCAGAAAGAGCUGUCCAAACGUUCAAGCAAUAUCUCCGAAAAGCCACAGAAGGUUCCCUGGAAGACAGGUUAUCUCAAUUCCUGUUUAGGUAUCGAAUAACGCCUCACAGUACCACUGGCUCAGCACCGGCACAGCUACUGAUGGGACGCCUACCCCGAUCACGGCUGGACCUACUCAGACCGAAUCUGCACAACAAGGUCCAACAACAGCAAGAACGUCAGAAGGCAUACAAGGAUAACAGAGCACCGACUCGCUCUUUUGCCAUCAACGAUGCUGUAUUAGUGGCUGAUCUCCCCGCUCGAGAUACCUGGCUGCCUGGUAUCAUAACCAAGAUUCUCGGUUCGCGCAGCUACGAGAUACGGUUAACGGACAACAGAACUAUUCGUCGACACAUUGACCAUAUCCGAACGAACUCUAUCCCCAGGUCAAGGGACACUGAAGAACUCCCAACCGAUUGGGUACCAAAUCCCAUGGUGGACGCACCUACACUGCCGUCUCCAUCACUUCCGGAGAAUCCACCAACUGAUCCUCCUCCUCGACGUUCUGGUCGCACCUCCCGUCCUCCUGACCGACUGGUUGACCAGUACGCUUGACUGUUAGGUAUGUUUAAUCUAGAAGGGGAGGAAAUGUAAUGACUUUGCUAGUUAGUUAUUCACUUAGUCAUUUCCUGUUCUUAAUGUUUCCUGUGUUGUAAUGUUUACUGUUUAAUUGUACAUGCGCAUGAGUUCUUAUUACUAGUUAACACUUCUUUUGUAUAUUGCUUUGUGCUCUAGCCCGGCGGCCUGCUCCUAGCGGCGCCCUUUGUGUAUGGGAGCCUCUGCUCCACUGUCUUUUUUGUCUUAGUAUUUACCGUCUAUGUUUUGUGCAUACAGUUAGUUGAUCCAUGGUUGAAUGUUUUAAAUCUUAUCUUGAACUGCCGCACGCUG